AUGGCGGACGCGGGGCCGGAGGCCGAGGAGCGCUCGGAGGACGGCGGCGGCGGCGCCCCGCGGAGCUCAGGCUCCCCGCGCUCCACCUCCGUGCGCUCCCCGCUCCGCCGCCAGGCGCCCGUCUGCACCUGCUCGGCGCCUUUGCAGCCUCGCGGAGCUCGGGCGCCCCCCUCUCUAACGCCGGGCGCCCCGCUCCACCGCCAUGCACUCCCCGCUCUAACGCCGGGCGCCCCGCUCCACCGCCGUGCACUCCCCGCUGUACUUUUUCGGCGCCUUUGCAGCCGCGCAGAGCUCGGGCGCCCCCGGUGCCACCUGUCACCUCCCAACUCUGUCCACACUCUGCAUGCCUCGCUCUUGGAGCUUUUGCCUUGCUGGAUCCUUUGCCGCGGCCAGCCUCAUACCCAGGGCCCCCUGUGCGCGCAGCUCCCCGGCCAGGGCUGUGCCCAUUCAUCCCGCGCUUGCUGGGCUUUGUUCCGGAACGCGACCGGAGUGGCAUCCUGGAACAUAGACAAGGGGGCCAUGGCAGGGGCAGGGAGCGAGGCGGGUGCGGAGCUGUCCCGGGCAAGGGCACAGCGGUCGCCAGUCCCGACCCCGACUGCAGGCCGACAACUGGAAGCCAUUUGUGUCAAGGUCACGCCUGGAGAGAUGCGCAGUCCAGCGAGCCUGUUGCCUUCACUGGUCACCAUCCAGCCCAGAACGUCACAGCCCUGCUCACUGUCCACCAGGAGCCCCAGCCUCCUGGGCCCGGGCAUCACGGGCCCCCAGCCACUCAGGAUCCAGCCUCUGCCAUUGCAGAGCCACCUGAGUGGCCCUCCCCAGCCUCCUGCCCAGGUGUUUGUACGGGGACCACAGCCCACCCUCAGCCCAGGCUCUGCGAAGGGAGCUGCAGCCUGCCAGGCCCGGAGUGGACGAAGGACCUCACCUGCCCCUUCCCCAGUCUCCGACCCGCCUGCCUUGACAUCUGUUUCACCCAGUUCAGCAAACGGCCUUCUUUCCGUCUUGAACACACAGCAUCCUGAGAAGCUGAGGAGAUCCUUGGAAGUGAAGACCCGCUCUGGCCGCAUCUCCCGGCCCCCCAAGUAUAAAGCCAAAGACUACAGAUUCAUCAAGACGGAGGACUUGGCUGAUGGGCACCUGUCAGACUCAGACGAUUACUCGGAGCUCAGUGUGGAGGAGGAUGAGGACGAGAGGGGCAAGCGGGCGCUCUUCGACUCCACCAGCUGCCCCCUGCGCCCCAAGACCUUCAAGUGUGAGACCUGUGAGAAGUCCUACAUCGGAAAGGGCGGCUUGGCACGGCACUUCAGACUCAACCCUGGCCACGGCCAUGGCCCACUGGAGCCUGCAGCACUGAUGUCGGAGAGAGCCAGUGGGCAUGUCCCCCAGGGCUGCACGGGGGACAGGACCGCCAGCCCGGGCUCCCCAGAGCCAUCCGUUGCCAUCCUCAGGGAGGAAGGGGUCCUCGCCCCGUGUGCCUCAGAGGCGGAGACUACUGAGGGCCGACUGCAGCAGAGUGACCAGGAGGACCGAGUGGCACCAGCUCUGUCUCAGCUGACUCCAGUUGUGACCGUCUAUGAAUUUCUUCUGAUGAAGGUUGAACAGAAUCAUCUCGCAAAGCCUUUGUUCCCAGCCGUAUAUAAAGAGUUUGAAGAGCUGCAUAAAAUGGUUAAGAAGAUGUGUCAAGAAUACCUCAGCAGUUCCGGCCCGUGCUCUCUGGAGCCCCUGGAAAUAAGCAACAGUAAGGUUGCUGAGUCACUGGGAAUCACAGAAGAGUUCCUGAGGAAGAGAGACACAGACACCAGUGGACUCUCAGGGCGACGCGCCUGCAGAGAGGCAGACGGGGUGCAGCCGGCGGAGGAGGCUGGUGGGCAGAAGCGGGGGCGCGAGGCCCCAGAAGAGGCGCUGGCCUCGGAGAAAAGGACCAGAAGAGAACCUGUGCCCCAAGAUGACACAGAGCCCCCAACUGCCCCCAGCAGAGCCCAGGAGGAGCCCAGGACAGCGUGCGACCCCAUCGACACGGGAGGUCGUGGCCCUCAAGUCACCAGGCUCCCGUCCCAGCACCGUAAUGAAGGCCAUCCUGCGGCGGGUCCCCUCGGAGGUCACAGUGGACUCCCUGCCGGUCAGCAGCCGAGAACGUUUGCUGAGGGCGACGCCUUCGGUGGGGAUGUGGGCUCAUCCCUGGCUCUCCCCAGUCACUCGGCCCAGGACACUGGAGAACACUCAGAUCUCUGCAGUGGCCUCGUGUCCACUGGAGGGCCAGCGUCCCUGCUGCCUGGCGGGGCUGGGAAUGCAGCGGUCAGGGCCCAGGGUGGUGCAUGCGCCUCCCAUACAGACGGGUGGCAGCCUGUCCCCAGCACUGUCACGCUCACAGGUGUCGCGGCCCCGAAGCUCGAGACCACCUUGUUCCCUGAGGCCGUGCUGGUCGACUGCACCCCCAGGACUGCCUCCGAGCCUGGGCCUCAGCCUGGUCCCCACGGGUCACAGACAACGGCUCGGGACCUUACAAGCCACACGGGGGCCCCGAGUGAGCCCAGCAGGGCUGAGGAGUGGGCUGAGCAGACUGAGCUGGAGACCACUGUCGCCGUGGGAGAGGCCGUGGCUUUUGAAGUCACCAGCGAGUGCCGCACAUUGUGUCCUCAGGGACAGGAGAUUUUCAUCCAGACGUCAGAGGGGCUCCUCCUGUCCCAUCCGGGUUCUGAUGUGACUCAGGAGGGCGUCGUGCUGGUGGCCCAGGUGGAGGGCCCUGCCCUGCACGAGGGCCUGCCGCCGGAGGGUGUCCCCCUGGAGGCUGUGGAGGCAUUCCUGGCUGGGGGCACCGAGCCCUCCCCGUGA